UUAAAUUGACCGAACUUUAGCAAAGUGUUAGCCGUGUCCAGCUAGCCGUGUUAGCCGUUGACAGGUGGCAGCGUUUCAUGUCGUCAGGGGAAAAAAAACAAAAACAAAUUUAGGUCAAAUUUUUGAAAGAUAACAAACAUGAAAACAAUUGUUUGACAGGGGGUUAUAUCUUAGACAUAUUUUGAGCGCAGGCAUCGUUAUCUAGCAUUGAAAGAAGAAUUUUUCCCUGUUUAUCGAAAAGCUUCGAGGAAAAGAAAACAAGAAAUUUCGAAAAAUGACCGAGUCCUGCCUGAACCAGACUGACCUACGGAGACUCGCUGAAGAUGGGAGGAGUAAACUCUCAGCAGAGUUCAUCCCCUCAACACAACUACCGCAUUCCUGCAUGGAGGAUAAAGAACACCUGCAGGUUUACCUCAGAAUCCGACCCUUGACCUCAGCAGAAACGAGCAGCGGAGAGUCACAGGACUGUGUUGCUGUGGAAACCCCAGACACGGUUCUCCUGAAGCCUCCCAGUCUGUCCCUGUUGGCCCGGCUCAGCAGUGAUAAAUCCCUUCCUCAGACCGGCCAGCGCUUCCAGUUCUCCAGGGUUUAUGGCCCAGAAACAACACAAAGUGAGCUGUUUGAAGGCACCGUCAAAGAUCUAGUCAGAGAUGUCCUGGAAGGAGAAAACUCCCUGGUAUUCACCUAUGGAGUCAGCAACUCUGGGAAGACCUUCACGUUCCUCGGUCCCGACUCUGAAGCUGAAGCUGGAAUCCUGCCCCGGGCGCUGCGCCUCAUCUUCAGCAGCAUCGGUGACGACGUAUUCCAGGGCCUGAGCGUCAAGCCGCACCGCUGCAGGGAGUUCCUGGCUCUGAGCCGCCAGCAGCAGGCCGACGAGGCGCAGUUCAAGAACACCUUGCUCAAACAACUCAGAGAGAAUGAGAAGAGGAGCAGCAGCCUGCAGAACACGACCAACCAGACUUGGUUUGAAGCUGUCUGUAGGGUUUUAGAAGGUCUGUUGUCUGCAGGCUCCUCUGCACCGCGGCCCAGUACUGCAGCCCAAGACAGAAUCAUCCUGGACGUCAAACCCAACACCAAGUUCUCCGUCUGGGUCUCCUUCUGUGAGAUCUACAACGAGAACAUCCACGACCUCCUGGAAGUGGCACCGAGCGGGGCACCGCGCAGGCCGGCGCUUCGGCUGGCACAGGACGCCAAUAGCAACGCCUAUGUCAAAGAUCUGCGCUGGGUCCAGGUGAGCAGCGCUGAGGAGGCGUUCAGAGUGGUGAAACUGGGCCGGAGAAACCAGAGCUUCUCCUCCACUCGCCUCAACCAGCUCUCCAGCAGGAGUCACAGCAUCUUCUCCAUCCGGAUUCUGAGCAUAGAGGAUGACGACCCGCCCAGAGUCCUCACCAUCAGCGAGUUGUGUCUGUGUGACCUGGCCGGCUCUGAGCGAUGCGCCAAGACUCAGAACAAAGGAGAGCGCCUGAAGGAGGCAGGAAACAUCAACGCCUCGCUGCUCAUCCUGGGGAAGUGCAUCAAAGCUCUGCGCUACAACCAGCAGGCCAAGCUGCUGCAGCACAUUCCCUUCAGGGAGAGCAAGCUCACACACUACCUGCAGAGCUUCUUCUGCGGCCGGGGCAAAGCCUGCAUGAUCGUCAACAUCAACCAGUGCGCCUCCAUGUACGACGAGACCCUCAACGUCCUCAAGUUCUCCGCUGUGGCCCAGAAGGUGGUCGUCCUGAUUUCCAGGCCGCUCCCUGCCGUCCCUUCCUGCAGUGACUCCUCCCCUGUCCGAGCCUCAGGGAGGAGGAAUGCCAGCUGGGAGACCAGCCUGGAGGACGUUCCGGAGGAUGACGAAGAAGAAGAGGAGGAGGAGGAAGAAGAAGAAGAAGAUGACUGUGUCAUGCAGGACACUCCGGAGACCGACGAAGAAGAAGAAGAGAAAGUCAUUAUCAACAAAGCGUCGCAUGAGCAGCAGAUGGCGCUGUUGAGGCAGCUGCAGGUCCAGCUCAAGAUGGAGCGCUCGGAGAACCUGCUGCUGGAGGCCCGGGUCAGAGAGGAGAUCAGCCGCGAGUUCUCAGAGCUGUUCUCCGACAUGCAGAAGGACUACGAUGAGCGCCUGGUCAGGGAGAGGGAGAUCCUGGAGGAGCGAGCUGAAAGGAGGCUGGAGAUCUUCAAGAACCUGACCAGGAACAUGUCCUCAGCCGGCUGCAGCGCGGACGCGGUCACUAUGGACAGAUUUCUGAGCUGUCAGGCCUCUGAGCUGCCAGGAGCGUCUCACUUCAGCCUCCGAUCCGGACCGGCUGAAAAGAAACCUGGAGACGAUCAGAACCACAGAGCUGAUGAAGCAGAAGAAAAGAAAUUGCUUCUUCUUCAGCUCCAGGAAAAGUCAGUGCAGGUGAAGCAGAUGGAGCAGCAGCUGGAGGACCUGCAGAAGAAGGUCGAGCUUUGCUCACAGAACAGCUCUGACCAAGGCAAAGAUGACAGUCAGCUCCAGGAAGCUCUGGCUGCGCUUCAGAAGGAGCAGACGAGGAGAGAGGAGCUGAUGGCUGCGCUGGAGUACCAGACUCUGGGGAAGGAGGAGGCACUGGCCUCCCUCCAGGAGGAGCGGCGAGCCAGGGAGGAGGCGCAGUCUGCUCUGGAGGAGAGCCGGCGGCAGCAGCAGGCGCUCCGAGAGGCAGAGUCGGUGCAGACUGCUGUGGAGGAGCUAGAGGAGAAGAUCCUGGAUCAACCCAACCAGAUCCACAUCCUCACAGAGGAGUUGAAGCAGCAGCAGCUCCACACGCCUACUUUCUCUUCCUCUGAUGGUGUCGACAGCCAGCUGAGGGAGGAAGUCUCUGAGCUCAGAAAGAGGCGGGAAGAGGAGGAGAAGAAGAGUAGUGAGGCGAAGCAGAAACUCAUCCAGCAGUUGGAGGAGGAGAGGAAACAGAGAGAGGCUGCAGUAGAGCAGCAGGUCAGAGAACUGCAGCGGAAGCUUGAGGAGCAGGAAGAACUGCGAGUCCAGCUGGAAACCCAACAGGAAGCGUCCAAUCAGAAAGCAGAGCAGCUGCAGCUGAAGCUCAGACUGCAGCAGGAAGCUGCAGAGAAACUGAGAGACGACCUGAGAGAAGCUGAGGUCCACAGCAGCACUGCCUCAACCAGCGCUGAGGACCUGCACAGGGUGAACUCUGACCUCCAGAGAGAGCUCACGUCCCUGAGGGAAGAGGCUUCCUCUGAGAUGGAGCAGAUGAGACGAGAGAAGGACCGACAGCUGGAGGAGAAGCUGGCUGAGAUGGAGAGAAGAUCUGCUGAGAGGGAAGCAGAGCUGCAGAAAGCAGAGCGAAAGGUCGCGACCCUGCAGGAGAACCUGCAUCAGUCAGAGCAAAAGGUCACGACCCUGCAGGAGAAUCUGCUUGAAUCAGAGCAAAAAGUCGCAACCCUGCAGGAGAAUCUGCAUCAGUCAGAGCAAAAGGUCACGACCCUGCAGGAGAAUCUGCUUGAAUCAGAACGAAAGGUUGUAAUCUUACAGGAGAAUCUGGGUCAGUCAGAGCAAAAGGUCACGACCCUGCAAGAGAAUCUGCUUGAAUCAGAGAAAAAAGUCGCGACCCUGCAGGAAGCAAAGCAAAAGGUCACGACCCUGCAGAAAGCAGAGCAACAGGUUGUGACCCUGCAGGAGAAGCUGCAUCAGUCAGAGCAAAAGGUCGUGACCCUGCAGGAAGCAGAGCAACAGGUUGUGACCCUGCAGGAGAAGCUGCAUCAAUCAGAGCAACAGGUCACGACCCUGCAGGAAAAGCUGCAUCAAUCAGAGCAAAAGGUCGUGACCCUGCAGGAAGCAGAGCAACAGGUCGCGACCCUGAAAGAGAAGCUGCAUCAGUUAGAGCAAAAGGUCGUGACCCUGCAGGAAGCAGAGCAACAGGUUGUGACCCUGCAGGAGAAGCUGCAUCAAUCAGAGCAACAGGUCGCGACCCUGAAAGAGAAGCUGCAUCAAUCAGAGCAAAAGGUCGCGACCUUGCAGAAAGCAGAGCAACAGGUCGCGACCCUGCAGGAGAAGCUGCAUCAGUCAGAGCAAAAGGUCGUGACCCUGCAGGAAGCAGAGCAACAGGUCGCGACCCUGAAAGAGAAGCUGCAUCAGUUAGAGCAAAAGGUCGCGACCCUGCAGGAAGCAGAGCAACAGGUCGCGACCCUGAAAGAGAAGCUGCAUCAGUUAGAGCAAAAGGUCGCGACUCUGCAGGAGAAUCUGCAUGAGUCGGAGCGAAAAGUCGCGACCCUGCAGGAAGCAAAGCAACAGGUCACGACCCUGCAGGACAAUUUGCAGGAGGCAGAACAUCAGGUCACGACCCUGCAGGAGAAACUGAAGGAGUCGCACCAACAGGAUGUGACUCUGCAAAGGAAACUGCAGGAAGUAGAGGAACAGUUUAUGACCUUGCAGGAGAAGCUGCAGGAAGCCGAGCAAAAGGUUGUGACCUUGCAGGAGAAGCUGCAGGAAUCAGAGCGACGCGAGGAGGAGGAGAGCUUUGCUGUCCAGGAAGUGAGGAGGAAGGAGGUGGAGCGGCGGCAGGAGCUGAUGGCUGCGGCUCAUGAGGCCUUAGCUGAGAAGGAUGCCGAGAUGGAGAAGAAAGCCGGGGAGAUCAGCAGGCUGAAGCUGGUGGCUCAGGAGGAGGCGCAGCAGGUGAAGAGCCUCCGUCUGGAGCUACAGAGGAAGGAGGACAACUCGUCAGACCUCAGAGAGAAGCUGGCCGACUACAGGAAGCAGGUCCAGCAGGUCCAGAAGGAGGUGUCGGCCAUGAGAGCAGGGGAGACGGCCCUGAAGCAGAAGCUUUCUGACGCGGAAAAAACCAAGAAGCAGCUGCAGUUGGACCUGAGCAGCAGAGACAGAACCAUCCAGCAGCUCAGAGCCGAGCAACAGGACUCUAAGGCUGCCCAGCUCUACCAGGAGGCCUGUACAGAGCUGCAGGCCAAGCAGCGGGUGGUGGAGGACAUGCGGCUGGCGCUGACGGAGCAGGAGGAGACGCAGCAGCAGAUGGAGCAGGUCCUGGACGACAAGACGCGUGUGGUGCAGGAGCUCUCUGCAGAGGUAGAGAAGCUGAAAGGGAAGCUGCUGGAGCAGAACAGAGGGUCCGGCCGACCUUCAGACGACCUCCGGCUGGCCAGAGACGAAGCUUCCCGAGCCCAGCAGAGCUUAAAGGUGUUGACAGAGAAACAGCAGGCUGAACGCAGGAAGUGGCAGGAGGAGAAGCUGUCUCUGAUUGGCCAGGCCAAAGAGGCGGAGGACAAGAGGAACCAGGAGAUGAGGAAGUUUGUUGAAGACCGAGAGCGCUACUGUCGCCAGCAGAACCUCCUGGAGUCCAGGCUGGAGGAGAAGGAGGCGGCCAUGGAGAGCUGGAGGGCGGAGCGGGACACGCUGGUCGCUGCUCUGGAGGUGCAGCUGCAGAAGCUGCUGGCCAGCCAGGCGGACAAAGACAAGCUUAUCAAGGAGCUGCAGCAGGAGAGCACAGCGUCACCAGCAGGGGUUAAUGGUGGCUGUCGUUCUCUCAAAGUGGCAGAGCUGCAGGCAGCUCUAACGGAGAAGGAAGCAGAGAUUGUGCGGCUGAAGGAAAGCCUCCAGGAAAACGCAGCAGAGCAGAGUGAGAGUUCUGCUCUGGCGAAGAAAGCAAAGGCUGAACCGCUGCAGCCACAGAGAAGGGAGACCAGAUCGUCUGCCAGCAGUCGGGGUUCGUCAGGCUUCCCCUCGGUGCUGGAGUCCUCCGAGGUUUCCACAGAAACGGGCCGGAGGAGCCGCUUCCCCCGGCCGGAGCUGGAGAUCUCGUUCAGCCCGCUGCAGCCCGACCGGCUGGCGCUGCGGCGGCAGGGCGACGACAGCGCCGUCACCGUCAAGCUCAACCGGACGGGACGCAAGAGGAAGAGCAGCGAGAUGGAGAAGGAGGAAGUGGAAACGGAGAACCGGAGGAACACCAGAACCAAACUCGCACCGAAGCUGAACUCGCAGUCAGAGGAGAGCGCCACCUCCCAGAGCAGCCUCCGCAGCAGGAAGGAUGGCACGCUGCAGAAGAUCGGAGACUUCCUGCAGAGGUCCCCGACCGUCCUGAGCUCUGGAGCCAAGAAGAUGAUGAGCCUGGUCAGCGGCCGUGCGGAUGCCCAGUCAGCCUCUUCUUCCUCUUCCUCCCCCUCCGUAUGACGGCCAAGAGGAGCAGAAAGAAACUCUACAGG